AUAGCAGACAUCUGGUAAUCCAGCGCCAUAUCAUAACAUGACAUGAUGUCUCUCCAGAACGAGAUGGACGACCUUGCAGCUGCCAAUCGGAAGAUUUACGCUAAUUUCCAGAAAAUUAGAGGUGAACGUCUGGAAAAUAUUCGUCUAUCUAAUAAAAAUUUUUGGGAUGUUGUUGUAAUGACAACAGCUGACGAAAACCAGAAGGUAGCCUUUGAAACAAUGGUCAACUCAAAAGUAGAAAGGCAUGAACUUCCAGAGGGUAUUCGCUACCUCUUCUAUGCGGAUCCGCCAGGAUAUAAAAUUGGUAAUGGAGGAAGUACAAUAUAUACAUUAUGGCGAAUGUAUAAUGACUUUGGCAGGUGCGAGGUCGACAAAUGGCGAAUUCUGUUACUCAAUGCAGGCGGACAGAGUAAAAGAUUUCCAAGUAAUAGCGUUCUUGGCAAAUUAUUUCUUACUCUUCCGUGCGGGUCACCCUCGUAUAGUUUAAUCGAAAUAAAGAUGGCCUCAUAUGCACCUUUUUUAAGUCGUAUGCCUCCAGGCGUAUUUCAUGGUAGUGCUGACACGAUUGAAGUAUUUGAUAUCGGUGACGAAUCUGAUACUUGGACAUUUAAUAACCCUGGAUUUACUGCCCUUGCGCAUCCUUCGCCUAUUUCGGUAGGUGAAACACAUGGAGUCUACAUUCUUAGCGGUUCGCCUUCCGGUUGUAAAGCGGAAUUAAGAUCGUGUCGACGAGUUCUACAAAAACCGUCUAUUGCUCAAAUGAGAGAAGCUAAUGCUAUUGUUGAAAUGAAUGAUCGUGAACCCUUCUGUUAUUCUGAUAGUACAUUUUUCUUCGAUCAUAAAAUUGGCCGUCGGCUGAGCGCACUAUAUGACAGCUUGGGUGGUUUAAAAUGUGAAAUUGAUGCUUACGGAGAUUUUUUGCAAGCUUUGGGAACGGAAGGUUCAGAUUCUCACUUGCUAAAUGCUGGUAACGAUCCCUAUGUUCAAAAAAUCAGGCGUACUGUCUAUGAAGAAAUUAAAUCAAGUUUAUUAAAUGUAGUUGUACUAAAUUCUUCCCGCUUUAUUCAUUUGGGAACAAUGAGCGAGUAUAGAGAAUAUCUCUGUCAUGAUAUAAACCUCAGACUACAAAUGAAUUUUUCUCCUUACUCAUCAUUUUCAAGUGGUAUAGUCAGGGACUCCAGUCAACAAAUUAGUAACAAUGGAGCCCGGAUUAAAGGUCUGUUUAUUCACACCGUAUAUAUGAAUGGAACAGAUUUAGGUGACGGUUCAAUAGUUGAUAAUUGUCAAUUCGAAAUUCCUAUGCGUAUUGGAAACAAUUGCAUUAUAUCUUCUUGUAAUUUGGUGGAACAAAAUUGUGAUAUUCCAUUCAUCGAUAUACCUUCUAAUCUACUUAUACAUACUGUCGCUGUAAGCGAACUUCCGAAAUUUUCUAAACCUAAAUUCGUUACAAUAGUCUUCAAUGUAAACGAUCCCAUGAAAAAAACCGGUAAAGAUUUUCAAAUGCUUGGUCAGAAAUUACAAUAUGUUUUAGAAGCUUGGAAUUUGCAAUCUUUUGACGAAAACCGUUUAUAUGGAGGUAAUAAUUGUGGACCAUGGUACCUUCAAGUUUUCCCUGCUGCCGAUACAAUGUCAGAUAGUUUUCUAUUAGCACUAAAAAUGAUUAAUGCUGUAACUUUUAAACCCGAUAAUCCCAUCGAUCUAUCCAGCUACAAGAAGUUAUAUUCCAUGCACACAAUUCUGGAAAAAAAAGAUGUUUUUGAAAUGAUAAGCUUUCGAAAUAACCUUGGAGAGAUUCUUAAGAAAUUGCCAACUUCAUGA